AUUCAGCGAGGGCUGUCCGACGACGUUACUUGGAGAUGAGAUGCGCCACGAUACGGAUACAGAAUUGGUGGCGCAACGUUACGGUAGCCCGUGAGGAACGGAGGAGAUACCUGCGGCUCCGCAAGAGCGCCGUUCUUGUGCAGACCCACUGGCGUCGGCGUGCCCUGGCUCGCGUGGACCGUCAGCGAUAUUUGACGAAGAAAAGGGCGUGCGUCACUCUGCAAUCCUGGUGGCGAAUGGUCAGAACGAGGAACGAGUACCAACGGUGCAAGACCUACGUGUUGAGGAUGCAAAGAAGGUGGCGUGUGAAGAAAGCCGCUCGUGCCACGAGGAGGGAAUAUCAGCUGACUCGCGCGGCCGUUGUCGUACAGACACGCUGGAGAGCUUUAACGGCGAGAAAACGAUUCGUCGCUUCGCGCCAGGCCGCGAUAGUCAUUCAGUCGUAUUACAGAAUGAGAAUCGCAACGCGAAGAUACAAGACUAUCAAGUAUGCUGCGUUGAUCAUUCAGAUCUACUGGCGAGCCUAUGUUGCUGGUAGACGAGAGAGGCUGCGUUAUCUGUCUCUACGCCAGGCAGCGAUCACGAUACAGCGCCGUUACAGGCGGAAGAGAAUAGAGCGCGAAGAGCGGUGCCGGCGACAAGACGAGGUUGCUUUGAUCGCCACGAAAAUCCGAGACGAAUGCGGAGAAGCUAUCCCGGGGGAUCAGGACGUUACCACGAAACUCGCGCUCCCGGGCAGCGACUACUGGCAAGAGAUGAUCAGCGUGUUGCGCAGCUGCAACAGCGUCGGGAUGCUGCUCACUUGCUUGAAUAGCUUAGAUACUAUAACGAUAUUGUCACCGACCGUUUGCGUCAUUCUCUGCGAGCUGAAUCUGGCCAAUGACAUUUACAAUACGAUAGCGCAGAACAACAGAUCACUACCGUGGAUGAAGGUCUGCCUGCGAGCGUGCAGCAUUCUGAUUACCCUAACGAAGUAUUCCUACACAAGAAAAUACGUUCUCAAGAAAGAGUAUGCAUUGGCGUUAGUGAAGCUUCUGAUCACGUCAUUGAAAGACAAGGAGGUAUUUCUGCAUUGCGCCACUUUAAUAUGGCUGCUUAGCCAGGAUGAAGAUUACUCGAAGGCUUUAGCGAUGUGUCCGCAAAUAAAUUGGCUGAUGAAAAAUAUUCAACAAAAAGUCCUGAAGGAGACCGUAGUGGCAAGAUUGCAAAAAUUAAAGGACUUGGAGAAAUUGUAUCCCAGUUGUGAACCUGACCGAAAUAACGUGCAGAAACCGCGCUUAUUCACCGACAUAAGUUUUGCCGUUGCAGCUAUUGUUAAAAUAACACGCACGUAAUGUUAAGAUACGCCUUCUCGUCGUUGAACUGCUCGUCCUCGGAACGAUCCGUGUGGAAGCGCGUCAGGAACUCGAUCAGCUUCUCCUGAUUGCGGAGCAAUAUGUCCAGAAUGG